UGGAUCCCAGGUUGACGCUCAGCCACUGAGCUACGCCCGGCAGGACUGAGACUUUAAUAAAAGUUAUUAAUCAGUGUUUGUUGAGCUCUACUCUGUGCUAUGUGUUUUGCAUACAUUGUUAACCCAUUUUUAUAGAGUCUGAUGUAAAAGAGAGUUUGAAUUCCUCUAGAGUGCUCUGGGAGACUAGCAACCCUAAAACCUUUGGCUUGCAGUAGUGAGUACAAAUGAUGGAAUUCUUUCUGUUGUACUCUUACCAGGCGUUUGUGGAUGUCGGGUCUCAAGACUGCUCUGCUGGGCUCAGAUCCAUAUUUCCAUCUAGCUUCUGGAUAUUCUCAUCUAUUUUUUCUAUUAUUAAAUUAAACAGGUCUAAACUCAAACUCAUUUCCAUCUUCCCCAAAGCUCCUUCUCCUUUGCAAACCCUACCUUAAACUGUACCCCCUAAUUGCCAGAGCUGGAAACUUCAUUUCUUCCAUAUCUCUCAAUCCAUCUUAUAUUGAUGGCCACCAGAACCUUUUAAUUCUAACUCCUGAAUAUGUCGUAAACCAGUGUCUUUAAUAACUUACAAAGUGGUCCCCCUGACUCCAGAGUAUCUUCAUUCUCAGCCAUUGUACCUGCAAUAUCAUGAAUAAUAUUCAGAAUACUUCUUUUUAAAGCAUUAGUUUUUGUGAUGAAAAAAAGUUGAUGUGCACAGGCCCUUUUGAGGGACUUUCACACAUAUUUUUGAUAAUUUUUAAUUAAUGGAAUUCUCUUUUUUCAGUUUUGAAAUAUUAGGGAGGCCAUUAUCUGAUAGGGGCUUCAGUUGCCUCAUUUGUGAAAUGAGAUAAUUGGAUUUGAUAAUUUGCAAGAUAUUUAUAGUUCUGGAAUUAUUUAAUUCUAGGUUUUACUUACAUUAAAGUUUUCUUUGCUAUGGACUAUUACCAUCUACUGGCAAUAGUGAAAGUUACAACUGAUUAUUUUAAGCUGAAGGACACAUUUUCAGUUGUGAGCUCAGAAGAUAAAAUAACAGUCCACUUUUUAAACCGCGAUGGUGAAAUAUUAACAACCAAAGGAAAAGUCGGUGACUCUCUGCUAGAUGUUGUGAUUGAAAAUAAUCUAGACAUUGAUGGUUUUGGUGCAUGUGAGGGAACCUUGGCCUGCUCUACCUGCCACCUCAUCUUUGAGAAGCACAUAUACGAUCAGUUAGACGCGAUCACUGAUGAGGAGAACGACAUGCUUGAUCUGGCGUACGGGCUAACAGAGAGAUCCCGGCUGGGCUGCCAAAUCUGUUUGACAAAGUCUAUGGACAAAAUGACUGUUCAAGUACCUGAUGCCAUGUCCGAUGCCAGACAGUCCAUCGAUAUGGGCAAGAACUCCUAAGAUAGAAUAAAUAGGAAUCUUUUCACAAAAUUUUACCUAUUUUUAUAAUUAUUAUUUCUUAAUUAGAUGAGAGCAUGGAUGAAUGGGUUUACUAUUAUGACCAGCUUUACGACUUUAAUUCACCUUGUGUAAUUACUGUGUUUUGUAGUCCGAAAGUAUGCAAUCUUUAUUUUGGUUAAAUUAUAAAAAGCAAAUAAAAUAUUAGAAAUUAGUGUGAUAAAA